AUGGCUGCUCCGGCGGCAGUGAGGAGCUCCGGUCCGGGGCUCUGUCCGAGCUUCGCGGUGGUCUGCUCCUUCCUGGAGCGCUACGGAGCCGCGCUGGACCUCCCCGAGAUGACUUUCCCGCAGAUGGAGAGGUAUCUCCGGGAGACAUCGACAGUUCCCAAACCCCUGGUUGAGCUCCACGUGAAGCUUCUUAGAAAGCUUGGAAAGUCCGUCUCUGCUGACCGUUGGGAAAAGUACCUGGCCAAGGUUUGUCAGGACCUCAACAGUACUUGGGCCUGGGAACUGGAGCAGAAGGGCUACCAGGAAAUGACCAUGGAGUGCAAGUCGAGUAUCCUCAAAUAUCUGUGUGAGUGCCAGUUUGAUGACAACCUCAAGUUCAAGAUGGCGAUCAACGAGGAGGACCCAGAGAAGAUGCGCCUGCAGCCGAUUGGCCGAGACCGGCAGGGCCUGAUGUACUGGCUGCAGCUGGAUCAGGAGCAGAACAUCCGGCUCUACACGGAGGAGCAGGAUGACCUGGAUGGCUCUACCUGGAAGUGCAUUGUCAGGACUCGUAAUGACCUGGCUGAGGCUUUGGAGCUGCUGAAGGCUCAGGUGGAUCUGAACCAGAACCAGAACCAGGGUUCCUCUGGCUCAAGCCCCACAGGGAAGGACAACAAGACAGAGAGAGAACAAGAAGAGAUAACGGCUCAGAAGAAGCCUGAGGUGGCUGAUGAAAGUCUAAAAGAAGAGACCUGUAGCAGAGAAAAGACCAAAGCCAACCAGUCUGAGCCCCCUGGAAACACACAGGAAGACUCCAAAAACAAGAUGGCUGCCGUGAAGGAAGAGGAGACUCUAAAGCAAGUGACAGUGCAGGAGGAGAUGGAGUCUGUCAAACAGGAAACAGUCGAGGUCAAACAGGAAAAGACUGUGAACAAAUCCAAGAAGAAACCUGAGAGCUCCCCGCCCCUCAUUGAUAACCGCGUUAGUACCAUCACUGCCGUCAUCAAAUCAGAAGGCAGGGAUACCGAUGCUCCUAGCAACGCUGUGUCCGUUGUCAUGGCACCCAGCUCGGUUUUGUCGAAACAGGAAAUGAGCAAGGAGGAGGAGGUGGACCGUGCCGUCGUCAGGAGCAGCCAGCAGGCCAAGAUACCACUGAAGAAGAGAGAACUCAAGCUCGCUGAGGGUUUCCAAGGCAACCGGCACCACGGAAACCACCUCAACAGCAACAACAACAGCAGCAGCAGUAUUAUUGUCUGCAACCCUUCAGUGAUCCAGGCCAAGGAUGGUCAGGUGAGGGAGGGGAAACUCUCAAACUUGUUAGCACCCUCCACAGGCCUGGCAGUGUCACAGCAUCAGCAUCCAGAGGAAAGGCUAUCAAGAGCAGAACUGACCAACGGUAGAGCUGCCCUACUCCCCGCUCACAAAGAUGGACAGAAUGGGGUCAUAGGUGUUGUAGGUCAGGUUGGAGUCAUUGGUCACGUGGGGGUCAUUCGCAGCCCGGCGGAGCGACAUAGACCGCCUGCCACAGAGCACCAGGAACGAAAUGGUCCGAGCUCGCAUUACCGCACCGUCGCUGCUGGAGAGGAGGAGGAGGAGAGGGAGAGAGAGGGGUGUAGGAGGGGGGAGGGUGCAAGAUGGGAGGUGGAGGAUAAGUUUCCAGAAAGGGAGGUGAGCAGGCAGUCGGUUCUGGUGAGGAAAGGGCCCACCACUGUGGAGUCGGUGAUGCCAGGAGCCCCUCCCAUCGGGUCAAAUGAGGCUCAGACACCCAGACAAGUACCUUCAUUGUCAUCCUCUUCAUCAUUUACAUUGCUGCCCCUAGAAUCCGAUAGACUCCCAAAGGUUGUGGACAAACAGGAGGAGUCUGUCCAUGUCCCUGCCCGGGAGCAGGGAGAACAAACGAGGGAGGAGAGGUUAGGAGAGCGGAUGAAAGUUGAGCCCGGGUGGCACCGGGAGCAAGAUGACAACCAUGUAGAGAAGAGGAGAGAGGGAUCUGAGGGCCCCUGGCCAGAGAAGGAGAAGAAGGAGGCCUACGGAAGGAUGAACAAUGCUUCAGCCAAGGUGGAUGAAGGAGAGAGCGGUGUCGGAUUAAACCAGAAAGAGCCAAGGGACUGCCGUUCAGAGGGGCCCAACAAUGGUGCCGAAGCCGGGGUUAGAGACAAGGAAGACGGGCAUCGAUCUGAGGGAAGGCAGGGUCAGCUGGAGGAGGCCUCCUCGGAGCUCCAGAAGGAGGGGAUCAGGCUGAAGAUCAAGAUCCCUCCCCACCGGAGAAACAAGUUGAGAGGUAGAGAGGAAAAGGAGGAGGAGAAAGCGAGGGAGCAGGAGACACAAGGUGAAGGGAGGUCGCUGAGGAGAUCUGCAAGGAUCUGCAGAUCCUCUGCUUUGCCGAUCUGCAGGCCGAGCUCAAAGCUGGCUGAGAGCCAGAGCAGGAAACCAGACAAGAGAACGGCACUGGCUUCCAGAGCCAAGGGGGAGGAAGAGGAGGAGAUGGAGGAAGAGGAGGAAGAGCAGGGCUUGGUGUCAAAGAAAGAGAGGAAGAGAGACAUUGAUGGGCAAAGCAGGAAACCAAAGGGUAAACGGAGACACAGGCGACCCCGGUGGUCUAACCCGCGGCCCAAGAGGCGCAAACUGAACGAGGGAGGAGAGGAGGAGGGCAGAGCGCCGGAGGGGGGAGGGGAGGAGGGCAGUGAUGUGGGGAGUGAGUGUGGAGAUUCCAGCCAGUCAGAGGAGGUUCCCAACGAGGAUGCCUGCACUCACUGUGGCCUCCCCAACCACCCCGAACUGAUCCUAUUGUGUGACUCUUGUGACAGUGGAUACCACACUGCCUGUCUGCGACCGCCGCUCAUGCUGAUUCCUGAUGGGGAGUGGUUCUGCCCACCAUGCCAGCAUAAGCUGCUGUGUGAGAGACUGGAGGAGCAGCUUCAGAACUUGGACAGCGCUCUGAAGAAGAGGGAGAGAGCUGAGAGAAGGAGGGAGCGUCUGGUGUACGUGGGCAUCAGCGUGGAGAACAUCAUCCCUGAGGGAGAUGAUGAGGAAGAAGAGGAGAAAUCGGAGAAGAAAAAGGAUUCCAAAAAGAGCAAGAACCUGGGCAGGCGAUCCACUAGAACCAGGAAGUGCAUUAGCUACAGGUUUGAUGACUUUGAUGAUGCCAUCGAUGAAGCCAUAGAAGAAGACAUUGGGGAGCUCUAUGGAGGAGGUGCGGGUCGGGGGAAAGACAUGUCCACCAUCCUAUCAGAGGAGGGUAAGGAGCAGCAGCGGCCAAUCAGAAGCCCGGCCUGUUCCACCCUUAACAGGAAGAGGCGGAGACUAAAUGACCUGGAGAGUGACAGCACAGACGCAGAGAGCGAAGAGGAGUUCAUGCUUAGCAACAGCUCAGAGGAAGAGGAGUUUGGCCUGUCAGGGGGAGAAGGUAACGCCGAUGACGAGGACGUGGGCAGCGACAUGGGCAGCUUGGCCAGCAGAGGGCGCUCCAGACGGGCCCCGCGGCACGUGCUGAAACACAGACUCUCCAGGACCCAGUGCAGGGCGGGGAAACGCCUGAGACGGCGAAGAAGACCGUCGUCUGAGGAAGAGGAGGACGAGAGUGAGGAAGAGUUGGACUCGGAGCAGUCCAGCGACAUGGCUGACAGCGAGGGGGACAGGAAGAGGCGGGGCCUAAGGCGGGGCCAGCGCCAGCAGGUCAACUAUUGCGAGACAUCCGAUUCCUCUGACAACUCGCAGGCCUCCACCAAUCAGAAGAAGGUUAAGUCCGCCAGCAGACAACGCAAGCAGCUCCUCUCCAGCGACUACAGCGAUGCUUCAGCCUCUUCCAGAGACUCAGAGGAUGAGGAUGAUGAUUAUGAAGAAGAGGAGGAAGAACAACGGCGAGGGAGACCGAAGAGGCGGUUGAGAGAGGGGGAUGACUUCAGGAGCAGGAGGAGGAGACUGAAGAGGAAACGACGAGAGGAUGACGAUUAUGAAGAGGAGGAGGAAGAUGAACGGGCGAGAAAGAGACGGCUGAAACGGAGACAAGCGGAGGAGGAGGAGGUAGAGCAUGAGAAGAGAAGGAGAUGGUUGAAGAGAAAGGAGAGGGAGGAGGAAAAGGACCUGGAGAAGAUGGGGCGGGGGAGGCGGAGAGAGUUGCUGUCCCAGCAGAGGCGACGGAGACUCGCUCAGAUGCUGAAGAAACGACGGCCCUCCACCGACGGGGAGGAAGAUGAAGAUGAGGAGUCUCAGGAGUCUGAAACGUCAUCGUCCGAGGAGGACCGGCCGAUCCGCAAGAGACUCAACCGCAUCGACUCCGAUGACGACGACAACGAAGAGGAAGAGGAGGACGGAGAGCAAGAGACGAUGACCAAAAAGUCGUCCUCUGUAGAGGGGAAGUCUCACCGUGAUGACGACGACGAUGAUGAUGAUGAUGCUCAGGAAAAGGGGAGGGGCUGCAGCCCGUCCCCAACAAACGGACACAGGACCUCCAGAGGCCCAGCGAAGCCUGGGGCUGGGAGUCCAGCUGCACCCACGGACAGUGCAGCCUCGGGCGGGCGCGGAGGCCACAACGGCCCCUUACCUUCAGCGGACGCAGAGAACGAGCGGGGCCAGGCGGACUUGUUAGACUCUGCCCAGGACCGUCUGCAGUCGUGAUGGCUGUGUUUGUGUAACUAAAUCUGGCGAUUAUUUUUUCUUUCUUUCUUUCUUUUAAUUUUCUUGCCUUUCACCAAGGACCAUCUUUAAAA